AUGGUGAAGGCGCUGACAUUCAAGGGCGACAAGAAGCCGCCCAAGAAGCGCAAGAGAGAGGCAAAGGAGGGCGACGAUGCCGACACACCUUCCUCCAAGCAGCUCGUGUCUACGCAGAAUGCCGAAGCCGACGACGACGAGAAUUGGGUGUCUGCGGACGCCAUCGACGACGUUGCCGGACCCGUGAUCCUCGUGCUGCACUCCGAGCCAGUCGCAUGCAUCGCCGUCGACCAGCUCGGCCGAGUCUUCACGAGCAAGAUCGAGAACAUGAUCGAGGGCGAGCCACAUUCGGCGGAACCACACGAUGUGCGACAGGUAUGGGUCAGUCAGAAGAUUGUGGGCAUGGAGAACAGCUUCACAUUCAAGGGUCAUCACGGGAAAUACUUGGGCUGCGACCAGUAUGGUAUUCUGUCAUCGACUCGCGAAGCUGUGUCGCCAGAAGAGACGUUCAAAGUUACACCGGCAGAGGGCAAACCAGGACAAUUUGAGAUUGAGACGAUGCGAUCUACGUUCCUGUCUGUAGACGGCGACAAGACACCUGCCGAAGUUCGAGGCGAUGCAGAGGCUGCGGGCGAGACAACGAGCAUUCGCAUCCGUAUGCAAGCUCGCUUCAAACCAAAGCACAAGACAGAGAAGGCGGAGAAAGUGCGCUCAAAAAUUACUCGCAAAGAGCUGGAAGCUGAGGUGGGAAGACGAUUGGACGAUGAUGAGGUGAAGAAGCUGAAAAAGGCGAGGAAAGAAGGCAAUUAUCAUGAAGCUAUGUUGGACGUGAAAGUCAAGGGCAAACAUGACAAGUUCGCCUGA